AUGCCAACGCGCUACCAUGCACAACGAAUGCACAUUGUAUCCUCUCUUGACACUUUGUUGUACCAGCUCCAUGCCUUGUCCUUUUUCCUGUCGCCAUCAAUAUGGGCUCUGUUUUGCCGCUACUUCAUGCAACAGCAGUGCGUCCGACCAAGAGACUUUGAUACACAAACCCCACGGUCAUUGGGUGUCUGGCUCGGUCUUAUUGCCAUCAUCAAUGCAUUCAGUGUCUACCCGCAUGCGACGGAGGGGACAUCCCAGGGCAGGACGGUUAUCUUGGACUUCAUCGGGCUUAACUAUGUGCCAUCGAAACUCCAACUUCUCUCACUCGACUUGUUCAUUAUGUGCCUCCAGAUGCUCCUGGUAUUCAUUGCAUAUGAGAUACAUAUCAUCGAGAACACAGAUUCAGCCGACACGCUCCUCCCUAAACCCUCACCCUCCGAUUCCCUGGCAUUGCCAUUAUCCACUGAUACGGCAGAGCCAUUUGAUGCGCCCGAGCCCUCGAAGACCAGGCCAUCCACAUCAUGCCCACACGUCAUGGAAAUAACCUUCUCUCAAUUUCUGCGACGUUUGCGGGAAACUCCUCCCAAUAAUCAAACAAACACAGGUGACGGUCUACCCAUGCCCAACCUGACGCCUUGGUCGUUGAGGAUGAGGGCAAUACGGACCCGAACCAGGAUUAAUUUAGAGGAAAGAAGGGAUGAAGAAGUGACACCGACAAGUAGGACGGUUCCGGGCAGUAUCGACAACGGACAUGUGGACGAUUAG